AUGUUCGAUGCCUAUUCGAUCGGAGAGGUCGGAAGAAGCCUAAAGGUUGAGCUAUGCUCGAUCCGGGAAGUCAAAACAUCACAAGAUGUUCUGGCCAGUUGCAAGGAAGGACAUUUGCUGAUAUUUGGCAGGACCGCUUCACGGUUCCGGUCCGACUUCAAGCAUAUGCGCCGGGAUGAGCGGAAACCGGUGGUUGAAAUGGCCAUCGUCGAAACAAUGCAGCUUCUAUUUUGUAUGAGUGAUCAACAGAACGAUGCUAGCGUGAAAGUAGCUGUUGCUGUCAAACGAAGAAUACAUGUCUUCAAGUUCCCUCCAAACGAUUUCGUCGGAGUUUUGCUUGAUGGGUCGCCAGUCCUCGAGUUGAAGGACAACCCCGCCAACCCUACUUGCCAGGAUUGUAAUGCACCACUUUCGGGCGGUGAUGAGCUUUCUCGACACACCAAAUUAUUGACGUAUUUAGAAGAUCGAGCGAUGAUAGGUUUUGCAGCUGGUAAAAACUUUGUAACGGUCCCGGUCGAUGCAGAAGCGAAAACCCGAAAGGACGUGCGCUUUCGGAGGCGUUGCUCAACCCAGUGUGGGACCCGCCAUUUGUCGUGGGUUUACUGCCGAAAGGGGUUGAUCGAAAUUCGGACCUACGACUCGCCACAGCUCAUCCAAUCAUUUACCCUCAAGCAGGCACACUUGUUGACAAAUGCCGUGCCUGGUUGUGUCGUCGUUGGUAGCCUCUGUGAUAUUUGGAUGCUGGAUUGCCACGAAAAUCUGCGUAACAAUGUCAGCAGCCUGAUCAAAGAUGCGCGGUACCCAUUGGCGAUACAAUUGGCCGACCAAUUCGCCAUCUUUACCGACGACCAGAAGAAGGAGAUCAAGCGCCAAUAUGCCACUUAUCUGUUCUCGACCGCCGAAUAUGAUGGGUGCUAUGCGGUGUUUUCUGAUAUUGGGAGCGACAUUGGUCCCGCGAUCCAGCUGAUCCCCGAGUUGCUCCCGCCGAAAGUUCAACAACUCGCCCCAACCCCACAAAAGGAACUCCCCGAAAAUGAGAAGAAACGGGCCAUCCAAGCACUUUCCGUUUAUCUGGCAAAGGUACGCACGGAUUUGGCGCGCAGCUUGGAGCAACACCAACAAGCGAAACAUAUGAACGUUCCGGAGGGAAGACUUUCAAAAGAAGAGCACGAAGCUGCCAAAGCCAACUUGCAAAUUGUCGAUACCACGCUCUUGAAAUGCUAUAUCCGAACAAAGCCGAUGAUGGUCGAUUCACUGUUGCGACCUGAGACAACGCUUGCUGGUUUCCGGAUGCGGAGGAUAUCAUUAAGAAAUCCGGACGUAAUUCUUCGCUUUUUGUGUUCGCUCGAACUGCUCAAAGGCGAAUCGUUGAGGCCGGAUUGCGAUGGGUAUUUUGCGGGGCCUUACAAGACGGUCGAGUACCUACAAACGCUUGGCAACAACGAGAUUGAUCUGAUCUUCAAGUACUCGAAAUGGGUGCUUGAUGCCGAUGUGGAGGGAGGGACUGGCGCAACCUCGAUCGAGAGAGGUCGUGGACUUUCUGCAAAAAGACUCCCCCGUGUGGCUGCGUUGAUCCCAUAUCUAGAGCACAUAAACUCCGCCUGGGGCGAGCAGCGACCAAAAUUUCCACGAAUGCCUCGCCGAGGCACUACGUGGCUAAAGUUAAAAUCACUACAUAAGGAUUACGUGCACGCGUUUCCUGAUGACGAAACGAUAAUCCGGGCGGGUACUGAGGACGGGGAACUCGGCGAUCGCUCUUAUUCGCCACAAACGGUGUUGGUCCAGCUUAGUAAUCAAGCAUUCUACGAGGAACGCGCACUAAUGUUAGGACGACUCGGGCAGCACGAGCAAGCCCUCACGAUCUACACCUCAAUUUUGCACGACUACGAGGCGGCCGAGAAGUACUGUGCACUGCACUAUAACCAGAAAACCGGACCUCAGAUCUAUCUCCAACUCUUCGAGGCUUUUGUAUCGCCAAAGGAUCCGGCAGGUGGGAUUAAAAUGAAGAAAAAAUGGAUCGGCUAUAUUUUCCUGCUU